AUGUCCAAUAGAAGAAGAGCAUACCCACAACCAAUGUACCAAGCCCCAGAUCCGUCUGCGGCAUAUGGGAUUCCUGCUCAGCCACAGCAGCCGGUGGCCGAUCAGGGCAUCUACGGUGCUCCCCAGGUCGCCAAUCCUGUUGGCCAGCUGGCCCAAGGCGUGGAAGGAAUCAACUUAGCAGCAGCCCCACAACCGCAAGCUCAACCUGUGCCUGCGUACCAGCCAGCAGCUCCUUCGGGACUGUACGGCGGAGUCGAUCCGAGUAUGCUUCCCUCACAAAGCUCUGCAUAUCCUCAGCCUUCGUACCAAUCGCCAGCUCAGCCAGCUCAACAAACUCUGCCUUUGAACCAGCUCUAUUCCACCGAUCUGCUCAAGGAAACACCACCCCCAAUCACAGACCUGCAAUUCCCUCCACCACCGUUGAUUCUGUCUCCAGGAACAUCGCUCACGGGUAGUCCAGAGGCAAACGCACCGCCUGAUUACUUCAGAUCCACCUUGAACGUGGUUCCAACAACCAGCUCCCUUUUGAAAAAAUCUAAACUGCCAUUUGCAUUAAUUGUGAGACCAUACACUUCGUUGCACGAUUCCGAAGAGCCCAUCCCUGUGACAAGCGACACUAUCAUUUCCAGAUGUCGUAGAUGCAGAUCGUACAUCAACUCGUUUGUUCACUUUACCGAGCAGGGAAGAAGAUGGAGAUGUAACCUCUGUUCGUUGCUCAACGACGUUCCAGGCGGGUUUGAUUACGACAGACUGAACUCCAAUCCUUUGAACAGAAUGGACAGAGCCGAGCUUAAUUACGGAGUGGUUGAAUUUUUGGCUCCUUCAGAGUACUUGGUCAGACCACCACCACCUUUGGUUUAUGUGUUUGUUCUUGAUGUUUCGUACGCCUCUAUUCAAAAUGGAUUGUUGGCCACAGUGACCAGAACUAUUUUGGACAGUCUUGAUAGAAUUCCAAACGAAAACGGAAGAGCCAGGGUUGCAUUCUUGGCCGUGGACUCCAGCAUCUCGUUCUUCACAAUUCCUAGCGAUGAUCAAGAGGACAAGGAAGUGUCGAUGCUGAUUGUUUCCGAUCUUGACGAGGUGUUGAUCCCAUCUCCAGACAACUUGCUUGUGAACUUGAAGGACUGCAGAAAGAACGUUGACAAGUUGCUCACCAACUUUGUUGGCUACUUUGCCAACAACCAAAACACCGGAUCUGCUUUAGGUCCUGCUUUGAAGUCUUCUCACAAACUGAUUUCCCAGAUUGGAGGUAAGAUCAUUGUGUUCAGUUCUGCUCUUCCAAACUUGGGUAUUGGAAAACUUGCAAUUAGAGACGAGAACGCUGUCAGUGGCAAACAGAAAGAAGCAUCCGCACUUUUGACUUCAAACAACUCUUUCUACAAGUCGUUUGCUGUGGAAUGUAACAAGUCGCAGGUCACUGUUGACAUGUUCUUGACCGGCUCCAACUACCAAGACGUUGCCACUCUUUCUAACCUGCCAAGAUACACGGCCGGUCAAACCCACUUCUACCCUGCCUGGUCUGCAAGCAGAGUGGAAGACAUCACCAAGUUCACCAAAGAGGUUUCCAACCAUCUCUCCAUGGAGAUUGCUUUGGAAGCUGUGUUGAGAGUUAGGGGAUCUAGCGGAUUGAGGAUGAACUCUUUCUACGGAAACUUCUUCAACAGAUCUUCGGAUUUGUGUUCUUUCCCAACGUUCCCAAGAGACCAAUCGUAUGUCAUUGAGGUGUCUAUCGACGAGUACAUCUCCAAGCCAUACGUGUAUUUCCAAGCCGCCGUGCUGCACACCACCAGUUUCGGUGAGAGAAGAGUGAGAGUGAUGACUCUUGCAAUUCCAACCUCCAAGGACCUUACUGACGUUUAUGCUUCUGCCGACCAGCUGGCUUUGACCAACUACUUCACGCACCGGGCCGUGGAGAAGACUUUGUCGUCUUCCUUGAACGAUGCUAGAGACUACUUGAACAAAGUUCUGGUUGACAUUCUUGCCCUUUACAAGAAGGAGAUCGUUCCGGGAAACCUUGGUUCUUCUUCGCCAUUGCAGCUUUGUACCAAUUUGAGAAUGCUGCCACUGUUGUUGCAAGCAUUGACCAAACACAUUGCUUUCAGAUCUGGCAAAGUUCCAUCCGAUCACCGUUCUUCUGCGCUCAACAGAUUGUCGACUCUUCCAUUGAAGAGUCUGAUCUCUUACAUCUACCCAACGGUGUAUGCAUUGCACUCGAUGACCGACGACUGUGGACUCCCAUACGACGGCGAGGACGAGCCGUACGAGAUUCCACCAAAGAAGCACGGCGAGAUUGUUCUUCCUGAAGCCAUCAAUGCCACCAUUUCGAACUUUGAGAAGUACGGUCUGUACUUGAUCAACAACACGUCUGAGCUGUUCCUGUACAUUGGUGGAGAUGCUGUUCCUCAGCUGGUGAACGAUGUGUUUGGUGUUGAGUCGAUGAACGAGGUUCCAAUUGGCAAAGCAGAGCUUCCAGAGCUUGACAACGAGUUCAACUCCCGUGUGAGAAACAUCAUCAACAAGGUGAGAGAGAAAGACGGCUCGAUCGAGUACUUGAACCUGUACAUUGUGAGAGGUCCAUCGAUGAACGAGAACCUGAUGAACACCAACAGAGACGUGAUUCCGCUGAGAAUGUGGAGCAUGUCUGAGCUGGUUGAGGACAGGGUGAGCGCCAGCGUGAGUUACAAGGAGUACCUGACCCAGCUGAGAGAGAAGAUCUCCAGCUAG